GCCCGACAGGGCGGAGCGAGGUGCGGCCUGCGCACCGGAAGUGAGCGGCGGGGGGAGCCCGGAGCGGCGGCGGGCGCUCAGGGUGGUAGCGGCGUGCAGGGAGCGGUGUCUCCGCUGGCGGCUAGCGACGUGCUCCGGCGGCCGGGCGGCUCCGCGCUUGGCGGAAACAAGAAACGGGAAAGGAAGGGAGCGGCAACGGGAGACGGCAUCGGCGGCCACCAUUAGCGGCGGGAGAAAGAGCAGCAGCCUCGGGGUCUGCAGGCGGAGCCGAGCCCGGGUGGUGCCGGCGGCAGCGAGCGGGAGCGUGCCUGCCGCCUCGCCCUUCUCUCUUGUGAGGAGUCGCCGCUGCCCGCCAGCCCGCUGGGGGGCUCCCCGGGAGACGGGGCGAGAUGGAGCAAUUAUCAGAUGAAGAACUUGACCAUGGUGCAGAAGAAGACAGUGAUAAGGAAGAUCAGGAUCUGGACAAGAUGUUUGGGGCCUGGCUAGGGGAACUGGACAAACUUACACAGAGUUUGGAUACAGACAAGCCUGUGGCACCAGUGAAGAGAUCACCUCUUCGUCAGGAAACCAAUCUUGCCAACUUCUCAUAUCGCUUCUCCAUGUACAAUUUGAAUGAAGCCCUGAAUCAGGGGGAAACUGUGGAUCUAGAUGCCCUCAUGGCUGAUCUCUGUUCCAUAGAGCAGGAGCUCAGCAGCAUUGGGUCUCAUUCAGCAAACAAUGCUGCAGUGAAACGCCUUGCCACAGAAUCCAAAGCUCAGAAACCACCUGCUAGCAGACCUACUAAGCACAGCAGCGUGAAAGGAUUAUCUCCCUCAUCUGGUAAGGUGACUAAACCCUUACAUGCAAACGUAUCUUUGGAUGACAUCACGGCACAGUUAGAGAAGGCCUCGUUGAGCAUGGAUGAGGCAGCCCAACAGUCUAUUGCAGAAGACACCAAACCAGUAGUUACUGCUCAGCACAGGAGGACAGCAUCUGCUGGCACAGUGAGUGAUGCUGAGGUGCGCUCAAUCAGUAACUCCUCCCGUUCCAGCAUAACCUCUGCAGCUUCCAGCAUGGAUUCUUUGGAUAUUGAUAAGGUGGUGAGACCUCAGGAACUGGACUUAACAUCACAAGGACAACCAAUCACUGAGGAGGAGCAGGCUGCUAAACUCAAGGCUGAGAAGAUUAAGGUUGCAUUAGAGAAGAUUAAAGAGGCACAAGUGAAAAAGUUGGUGAUCAGAGUCCAUAUGUCUGAUGACAGCUCAAAAACAAUGAUGGUGGAUGAAAGGCAAACAGUGAGACAAGUCUUAGACAAUCUGAUGGACAAAUCACAUUGUGGUUACAGUUUGGACUGGUCAUUGGUGGAAACCAUCUCUGAAUUGCAAAUGGAAAGGAUCUUUGAAGAUCAUGAAAAUUUAGUUGAAAAUCUCCUGAACUGGACAAGAGACAGCCAGAACAAACUAAUGUUCGUGGAGCGCAUAGAGAAGUACGCUCUGUUCAAGAAUCCCCAGAACUAUCUUUUAGGGAAGAAAGAAACCUCUGAAAUGGCAGACAGAAAUAAAGAGGUGCUGCUAGAGGAAUGUUUCUGUGGAAGUUCUGUAACCGUGCCAGAGAUUGAGGGAGUUCUGUGGCUGAAAGAGGAUGGCAAAAAGUCUUGGAAGAAACGUUACUUUCUGCUCCGAGCUUCUGGAAUUUACUAUGUUCCCAAAGGGAAGGCGAAGGUCUCGAGGGAUCUCGUGUGCUUCCUACAGCUGGAUCAUGUCAGCGUUUACUACGGGCAGGACUACCGCAACAAAUACAAAGCCCCCACAGACUACUGCUUAGUGCUGAAGCAUCCUCAGAUCCAGAAGAAAUCCCAGUACAUCAAGUAUCUUUGCUGCGACGAUGUAAGAACUCUACACCAAUGGAUCAAUGGCAUCCGCAUUGCUAAGUAUGGGAAACAACUGUACAUGAACUAUCAGGAAGCACUGAAGAGAACAGAAUCAGCGUAUGACUGGACUUCCUUGUCUAGCUCCAGUAUCAAGUCAGGAUCCAGCUCAUCUAGUCUGCCAGAAUCUCAGUCAAAUCAUUCUAAUCAGUCCGACAGCGGAGUUUCUGACACCCAGCCGGCCGGACACGUCCGUUCCCAAAGUAUCGUCAGCUCCAUGUUCUCUGAGGCCUGGAAGCGAGGCACUCAACUGGAGGAAUCCAGCAAGGCCCGAAUGGAGCCUGUGGGUCGGCCCUUCAUGUCUGUUGCACCUCCCGUGUCCCCACAGGCCAAAGUGGCGACCCCCUACGCAGCAUUGCAGCCAUCCACACCGCUGCCUCCGCCACCACCGCCCCCCCCACCGCCCCCCCCCCCCCCCCCCCCCCCGCCGCCCCCGCUCCCGAGCCAGGCCCCUCCAUCUGCAGGCUCACCUGCCACCAUGUUUGUCAAGUACAGCACCAUCACCAGGCUGCAGAAUGCUGCCCAGCAUGGCAGCGCUUUUCCCAAAGCUCCUGCUGCACAGCAGGUCCCCCUGCCCCCCCCACCCUUGGGAAAGCCUCAGAUAUUGGUGCCCCCCAAUGGGGUCAUGCCCCCUCCCCCACCUCCACCGCCUCCUCCCACACCAGGCUCAGCCAUGGCGCAACUGAAGCCAGCACCUUGUGCGCCUUCUGUGCCGCAGUUCACGCCUCCACCACCACCCCCGAAAAUACAUCAGGUUCAACCAAAUGUAAGCCAGGCCACUGCCACCUCAUUGCCACCACCUCCUCCUCCUGUGCCUGCACCACCACCGCCCCAGGCACCUCCAAAGCCUGUCAUGGCAGCUCUUCCCCCACAGCCUAGUGGGAAGGCAGCAUCACCAGGGGUCACACAUGUCACCCCCUCUGUGCCAGCUCCCUUGCCUCUUACAGUAAAGAAACAACCAAGUGUCACCUCUCCCCAGGUGCCUCCGCUGCCUCCAGCCCCUCCUGGCCCCACUCCCCCACCAACAUUCCCCAAACAGCAGAGUUUCUCUGUGAAGCCUCCUCCAUCCCCUCAAUCCCCAGUGCCAUCAGUGGUGAAACAGAUAGUUAGCCAGUUCCCACCACCUCCCACUCCACCUGCCACCGAGUCCCAGCCUCUGAAACCUCUUCCACUGAGUGUGGCCCCACAGUCACCUCCAGCAGUAAAGGCAAAGCCCAAAUGGCAGCCCACAUCUGCUCCUUCACCAGAUUUCCCCCCUCCCCCACCAGAGAGCAGUUUAGUAUUUCCUCCUCCACCUUCUUCCCCAGCUUCCUCUGCAGGUUCUCCCCCCGCUGACAAAUCAGGGUCUCCAGUCAAAAAGACCAGCAAGACAUCAAGCCCCGGAGGGAAGAAACCACCUCCAACACCUCAGCGAAACUCCAGCAUCAAGUCCACCAGCUCCACUGAGUACCAUGAGUCCAAGCGACCUUCAGUGGACCGCCUUGUCAGCAAAUUUGCACACCCACCAGAACCAUCAGGGUCUCCUUCCAAGGAGUCGCCACCUCCUGCAGCUCCUCCAAAGCCAGGAAAGCUCAACCUUUCUGGGGUGAGCCUGCCCAUUGUCCUUCCACAGGGAGGGAUUCCGGCCAAGGCUCCUGCUCCAGGUGUGUCUGGAAAGGAACCCGUGGUCGAAUUCCCUUCACCACCAUCAGAUUCAGACUUUCCACCACCACCACCUGAAAUAGAUCUUCCUCCCCCGCCGGUUGAGAUCCCAUCUGUGUUUUCAGGCAGUACCUCCCCAAAAGUUGCUGUUGUCAAUCCCCAGCCUCAGGUGUGGUCAAAACCGUCUGUGAAAAAAGCCCCACCACCCACACGUCCCAAGCGUAACGACAGCACUCGACUGACGCAAGUGGAGGUCACAGAGCCACCGGGGUCAGCUGGCCCUCAGGUGCCCACUUCACCCAAGUCCAGCCUUAGUGUUCAGCCAGGAUUCCUGGCAGACCUCAACCGGACGCUGCAGCGGAAAUCCAUCACCCGCCAUGGCUCCCUCUCUUCUGCACGGAUGUCCAGAACAGAGCCCACAGCCACCAUGGACGACAUGGCCCUGCCUCCACCUCCACCGGAGCUGCUGGCUGACCAGCAGAAGACGAGCAGCUUUGGAGGCAGUCAUAUAUCCGGCUAUGCAACACUACGGAGGGGACCACCCCCCACACCUCCCAAGAGAGAUCAGAACACCAAGCUGUCGCGAGACUGGUAGUCGGUCCCUAGGGUCUGGUGCUGUCUGUGACUUGUGGACUGCUCCAUGAUGGGCCAACCUGUGAUCUUGUGCACUUGGAGAGAAGAAGGUGGGGAUGUGGAUGAUAGCCCCAUCAAAAGAUGUGAUCUCAAACUGUAGCGAAGGCUAAAUAUAGACAUUCCCCUUUCAUGGCUAGGCCAAAAAAGUUGGGAGCCCGAGGGUGUUGAUAUUUUAUUGGGAAAGGUGGGUAGAGAGGCAUUGAGUUACCUGUUCAGUUUCUUUUCCCCUUCCUAUGGAUUGGACCAAACCCCCAUUUUCUUAAUUUUCUGCAUUUAGGGGAGAGGGGGGAGGUAAUUUUUUGUAGUGUCUGUCCACGUGAGCCAUGUUUGUGCAUGUAGUAUAAGUGUAGGUAUAUAAUAUAUUGUGAUAUAUUUUGUCGCAAUUAUAGGAGAUACCCAGAAUGUUUUUGUAGAGAUGUAUUUAUUGUUUCAGGUGCUGUAUUAUCUGGAGUUGGACUCUGUAACUAGUCAAAUCUUAACACAAAGAUUAAGAUGUAGGGGGCACUUUAAAGAAAGGAAGACGACGAAAAACGAAUCAAAACCCUGCCACAGACCUCUUGGCAAUUUGUGGUGGGUAACUGGUGCAGAGCUGAGAUGUUCUGCUAGUAACUGUGCGUUGGUCCACUGAUUGAGACGUUGGAAUGCAGGAUACCAAAACAUUCUGGUCAUAAUACUACUGAAGAUGAAUAUGGUCUGAGGAAGGAAAUAGAUUUUAUAUAUAGUGGGCUGGAGUGAAAUAUAUUUAUACUAUAAAGAGCCUCCCCCUCCCUUCCAAAUAGUUUUAAAAUAUGCAUUGCUACAAAUUAUUUCAGAGUUAUUUGUCCAUGCAGGAAGUGGGAUCAAUAUCUAUUAUUCCAAUCCAUUAUGCAUUCUAGCUUUAUAGUAGGCUCAAUUAUUUGUUUCCAUGGCUCAAGAUGAAUAUAUUUUGUGUUAAGUCCUUCUGAAAGCUGCCAGGACACCUGCAACUGAUGCCAACCCACAAGGAUGACCUACACCAGUGCGUCACUUGUACGUUGAUUCUGUCCCUGACCCAACAGGUAGGUUUCUGUAGAGUGCUGUGUUCUCGUACAAGCGUAUGUGUGUACACAGCAUAGAGUCUCGCCUUGGCUGUGCCUGAUAAGAUGCAUUAUCUUUACAAAAACAAGUGUCUGGAAAUACUUAAAGUAUCACUUGUAAUUCAUUAAAAAUUGUCAGGAAACCUUCUCUUCCAGAGAAGAUAAGGCAGUGGUAAUUUCAGGCCAAGCACAGUAAGAAUUCUCUCUUUUCUGUGACCUGCCAGAGACCGCAACCAACACAUAAACCUGUUAAUUACAAAGUUGCACCUUUAAUUUUCACUUGAUUUAAUGUUUACCUGUUAAUUGCAAAGUCUAUCAGUCAGAGAGAAGACUGGGGAAAAAAAAUCAUCCUUGAGUGGAAAAAAAAAAUGUUGCUAAUGAUGUAAUGACCCAUAUGAGUAGAAAAUAGAGUUCAGUAUUUGCUGGUUUUUUUGCUGCCAUCGACUGACAGUCAGUCCCUAGACUGACUCCAAGUGCUGGAGUCUUUUCUCUUGUAUGUCACUAGCUUGACUGUAUGGACUGCUAAGGUAGCUCAGCUGGCCUAGGUGUUCUUGUGCAUGUUCACUGCAGGGUAGUGGUAAACAACCUUUGGCAAGUACCAAAAGUCAGACUUUACCUACUCCAUCUUUGUUUUUUACCAUUUCCCUCACUGCCAUGGGGAUACUGUCAGGGCUUGGAUGGCAAAUGAACUUCCCAUUUGUUUACCUCUUCUCCAAAAGCAGAUUUUAAAUGCUUUCCUUCCCCCUAAAAGAACAAAACAAAGGAAGCAGCUCAACCUGACAGUAUCAUCAAGCACGUGAACAAAAGAAAAGGUAAAGUGAUCUCAAGUAAUUCAGGAUGAUAGAUUUAAGAAACAUUGCAACAGUGUCCCCCAUUCUU